AUGGCUCUCAAAACAAUGGCAUUGUCCGUGUCUUCAUCAGAUAUUGAAGAUGAUAAGAAGAAGGAAGCAUUUGUCUUUCCUAAAUUUGUUGUGAUGGGUCACCGAGGAUUUGGGAUGAACAUGGUUCAAUCUUCGGAUAACAAAAUGAAAGUUAUCAAAGAGAAUACUAUUCUUUCUUUCAAUGUUGCUUCAGAUUUCCCCAUUGACUUCAUUGAGUUUGAUGUCCAGGUGACAAGAGAUAGUUGUCCUAUAAUAUUCCAUGAUAUCUUCAUGUUCACACAAGAACAGGGAGUCAUUAUCGAAAAAAGAGUAACGGAAAUGACUUUACAUGAAUUUCUCUCAUAUGGACCACAAAAAGAUGUUGCAAAUAUGAAGAAGCCUAUGUUCAGAAAAACAAAAGAUGGUAAAAUCUUUGAGUGGAAAGUCGAGAAAGACGAUCAUUUAUGUACCCUCAAAGAUGCAUUUUUAAAAGUUAAAUCCUCACUAGGAUUCAAUAUCGAGCUCAAGUUUGAUGAUAAUAUUGUGUAUAGAGAAGAAGAGUUACGUCAAACGCUUGACACCAUCUUGAAGGUUGUAGAUGAACAUGCCAAAAACCGGCCCAUAAUUUUUUCGAGCUUUCAUCCUGAUGUGGCUCAACUCAUCAGAAAGAUACAGAGGAGUUAUCCUGUGUUCUUCUUAACAAAUGGAGGAUGUGAAACGUAUAAGGAUGUUAGAAGGAACUCACUAGAUGAGGCCGUCAAGAUAUGCAAAGAAGGCGGUUUGCAAGGGAUUGUCUCUGAAGUUAAGGCAAUAUUAAGAACUCCAAAUGCAAUCAAACAAAUAAAAGAUUCAGAACUUUCACUUAUAUCCUAUGGCCAACUUAACAAUGUCGUGGAAGUUGUUUACUUACAGUAUAUGAUGGGUGUGGAGGGAGUAAUUGUUGAUAUGGUUAAGGAGAUAUCUGAAGCCAUCACAAAUGUCUGA